CGGGGACGGAGCCAGUGAUCCAGCGCUACCCGGGGCGAGUCCGGCAAAGGGGCGUAGGGGGCCCGCCCCGAGACCGUAGCGCAGGGCGGGCGGAGCUGACCAGGCACUUCCAGGCCUCGUAAAGCGCGGGCGGGGGGCGAACGCUGUUUUAUGGAGGCGGCCGGGCGGCCCCGGCUGCUUUGAUUCCCGGCGGAACAAGGCACGAAGGCCGACCUCCAAGCUCAUAAACGCGUUGGCCGCGCGCUCCCUCCCCGCGCCCGCGAUAUAAGGCGCCGCUCAGGCUUUGGGGUCCAGUGACCGCCACUGCUGCCGCACCAUGUCCUGCCUGUCCUCUCGCAUGGGCUCCCCCUGUGGGGUCCGCGCCUUCAGCUGUGCCUCGGCCUGCGGGCCCCGGCCCGGCCGCUGCUGCAUCACCGCCGCCCCCUACCGUGGCGUCUCCUGCUACCGCGGCCUCACCGGGGGCUUUGGCAGCCAGAGCGUCUGUGGGGCCUUCCGCUCUGGCUCCUGUGGCCGCAGCUUCGGCUACCGCUCGGGCGGCGUGUGUGGGCCCAGCCCGCCCUGCAUCACCACCGUGUCUGUCAACGAGAGCCUCCUCACGCCCCUCAACCUGGAGAUCGACCCCAACGCGCAGUGCGUGAAGCAUGAGGAGAAGGAGCAGAUCAAGUGCCUCAACAGCAGGUUCGCUGCCUUCAUCGACAAGGUGCGCUUCCUGGAACAGCAGAACAAGCUGCUGGAGACCAAGUGGCAGUUCUACCAGAACCGCAAGUGCUGUGAGAGCAACCUGGAGCCGCUGUUUGAGGGCUACAUCGAGACGCUGAGGCGGGAGGCCGAGUGUGCGGAGGCGGACAGCGGGAGGCUGGCCUCAGAGCUCAACCACGUGCAGGAGGUGAUGGAGGGCUACAAGAAGAAGUAUGAAGAGGAAGUGGCACUACGGGCCACUGCUGAGAAUGAAUUUGUAGCCCUGAAGAAGGACGUGGACUGCGCCUACCUCCGCAAGUCAGACCUGGAGGCGAACGCGGAGGCCCUGACCCAGGAGAUUGACUUCCUGCGAAGAAUGUAUGAGGAGGAGAUCCGCGUCCUCCACGCCCACAUCUCAGACACCUCGGUCGUCGUCAAGAUGGACAACAGCCGCGACCUCAACAUGGACUGCGUCGUGGCCGAGAUCAAGGCUCAGUACGACGACGUGGCCAGCCGCAGCCGGGCCGAGGCCGAGUCCUGGUACCGCAGUAAGUGUGAGGAGAUGAAGGCCACGGUGAUCCGUCACGGGGAGACCCUGCGCCGCACCAAGGAGGAGAUCAACGAGCUGAACCGCAUGAUCCAGAGGCUGACCGCCGAGGUCGAGAAUGCCAAGUGCCAGAACACCAAGCUGGAGACCGCAGUGACCCAGGCGGAGCAGCAGGGCGAGACGGCCGUCAGCGACGCCCGCUGCAAGCUGGCCGAGCUGGAGGCCGCCCUGCAGAAGGCCAAGCAGGACAUGGCCUGCCUGCUCAAGGAGUACCAGGAGGUGAUGAACUCCAAGCUGGGCCUGGACAUCGAGAUCGCCACCUACAGGCGCCUGCUGGAGGGCGAGGAGCAGAGGUUGUGUGAAGGCAUUGCUGCUGUAAAUGUGUGUGUCAGCAGCUCCCGGGGCGGGGUUGUUUGUGGGGACCUCUGCGUGUCAGGCUCCCGGCCUGUAACGGGCAGUGUCUGCAGCGCCCCCUGCAGCGGAAACCUGGCGGUGAGCACCGGAAUGUGUGCCCCCUGCGGACAGAGUUGUGGCAGCGGCCGCAUGGUGCGGUUUGCAUAGCGCCUCCCGCUUUGUGCGUACACCGCUCGAGGAGCUAACUGGCCCCAAGUCCAGCAGCCGGCCUGGAGCUCCGAAAGUGCCUGGGCUUGAAACGGAAGGGCUUUGGAACCAGUGGUCUGACCUGCCCACACUGCUGCCUUAUUUUCUCGCAUCACCCCCACACCCCUAUGGCCCCUAUGCUUGUCUCUUCAUUUCUUUCCAGGGAGGUGGCCUGCCCGCAUGUCUUGGUAGCUCUCCCCCGUUCCCAAGAGUCCAAAUGACUGGUUUCCUUGCAACCCUGGGCAAAGAUCCAAUACUGACUCAGCUGCUCUGGGGGCUUGGACUCCUGUGGCUUCUAAGGGAGGGGCUGGCCCUAGGGACCCUCAAGUGUGGAAGUGCUGCUGGCGCUGUGCCUCCCCUGCCCUCUAAACCUGUGCACGGUUUCAAGUUGUCUCCCAUGGGACAACUUUCUGCGGCUGCCUGGGCUCCCUCUUCUCCCUUUCCCUGGUGCUUGGUCUCCACGUUUUCAAUAAAGCUCAUCAGUCAUGUAUCACGGCUCAAGACUCUUGCAUUUGUGCUUACACAUGUGGACUUCCAGGCCAGAUUUCACCCCCACUGGAGGCAACAAAGCAGCUGUUCUCAGCCAAACAGGCAGAGAGGGCUGUCUCUGAGGCACCCUGCCCCUGGCACCACCUUCCUACAUCUUGAAGGCUGCAGGGGCAUGGGUCAGCAGCCCCUGCAGGCCCAAAACCCAGAUGCACAGAAGCGCAGAAGGAGCUGGACAGGAAGUGAGAAGGGUGACAGGGGGAGCCUUAGUGAGGAGGGGGAGGGCCCACCUCUCCUUACACCUAUGGUGGGGACCUCAUCACUUGGGUUGCUGGGACACCAGUGGUCCACUUCCUCCAUUCCACCCCCACCUUAACAUGUAAAAAUUCCUGACCAUGGGAUCAAAUAUACAGAUCCCCUCCCCCCAGAAACCAAUACUCCCUAGAUAGUCCCCAUCCCCACACACACCAUCAUCACCCCUGGAGGGGUCCCAGA